AUGGCGUGGGCGGGCCCGCCAUUCGCUUGGGAAGCACGCAGGCGCUUGGCAGCGCGGCCCUGCCCACCUGCCGCUCGCCGCGGUGGCCGGGUCCUUGAUCCGGGGCCCGGGCCGGCACCGCGGGCGUGGGCGGGCGGGCGGCGCGGGCGACGGCCGUUUCCGGCCACCGCCUCCUCCUCGCCCCUCGGCCAGGUGACGUCCACUCCCCCCGCCCCGCCGCCCAGCUCACGCGCGCACGGCCACGCGCAGACGCCGGCGCCGGGUCUGACACGGAACACAUCACUCCAGUUUUUCUUAUAAGAAGAUGGCAUUGCAAAACCUAUUGAAUCACAUACGGCUGACAACACAAACAACAGAUUGUUGGUUAUUUGUUGAAACUGUAUGUGGCUGGCCUCAUGGCCUUAAGAAGUAGAGAUGGUAGAUUUGAGCUAUUGCUAAAACUGCGUAAUAUUACCAAAAACCGAAAAAAAUUGAAUUUAUGUUACUAAUGAAUGUUUGACGGUCGAUGCAAUUUAUUUCAAAAGAUUUUCAAUCUGCAAAAAGAUGCGAAAUGGAUCGUAAAAUCCGAAACCACAUACAAAGUACGGAAUGGGCGUGAAUUAGCGAUAUACUAGCUAAAUUGUAUUUUACGAUUGCCUUCGUGUUCGCUCAAAAUCGACAACACGUUUGAUGACAUACUUUGAGCGUGGCCGUGUACAUUCAUUUAUAAUUAUGAUUUAACGUACC